UUCAAACCUUAAAAGAAAUGUAAAUUUUGUCUAUUUUUGAGGGUUGAAAUUCCAUAGUUUUCGUCUUUGUCAUUUUAGCUAGGAUUGUAACCAAAUGUAUUUAGUCUCAAAUUCAUCAACCAUCCGUUUCGUUACAAAAAAUGGUCUGUAAAAAUGGGUUUUAUUUAUUUAUUUUUCUUUUCUGAAGGAUGAACUUAUUGUUCAGCUAAACAUUCUAUUUGCCUAGUCUGUUCCACUGAUCUGUCUUAGCAAUACAGAUCGUUAAUAUGUAGCACAAACGCGCGGAAGCCGUGCCAUAAUUUAGUUGUCGAUGAUAUUAGCGAUUAUCACAAGUCAGUAAAAUAAAUGCUAUCGACAAACGCUUGAAAAUUUCCUCUACAAGCGUUUGUAUCACUUCGAUACCAAAAAUCAUGCCCUGGCAAAUCUCAUUUUAGAGAAAUUUCAUAAAAAUAUCAGUGUAUUCGCAAAAUUUAUGAAAAGAUGGAAGAGAAAUCGAAGCGAUAUGAAAAGAUACAAUUCCUCGGUGAAGGACAGUUUGCCACCGUGUAUAAAGCAAGAGAUGUUAUGACUGACAGAAUAGUUGCUGUCAAAAAGAUCAAACUUGGCACUCGACAAGAAGCAGCGGAUGGCAUCAACAGAACAGCGCUGAGAGAAAUCAAACUGUUACAGGAGUUAAAUCACCCUAACAUUAUUGGUCUAUUGGAUGUGUUUGGACAAAAAUCUAAUGUUAGUUUGGUAUUUGACUUUAUGGAUACAGACUUGGAGGUGAUUAUCAAAGAUAACACUAUAAUACUCACAUUAGCACAUAUAAAGGCUUACAUGCUGCAGACCUUGAAAGGACUGGAAUACUUACACAAUAACUGGAUAUUACACAGGGAUAUGAAGCCGAACAAUUUGCUUAUCAAUAGAGAAGGUGUACUGAAACUAGGAGAUUUUGGUCUUGCUAAAUUCUUCGGUUCACCAAAUAGAAUAUACACACAUCAGGUUGUCACAAGAUGGUACAGAUGUCCAGAACUUCUUUUUGGUGCUAGAAAUUAUGGUACUGGUGUAGAUAUAUGGGCAGUUGGAUGCAUUUUAGCCGAGCUUUUAUUAAGAAUACCUUUCUUGCCAGGUGACACAGAUUUAGACCAACUUAGUAAAAUAUUUCAGUGCCUCGGUACACCAUCUAAAGAAGAAUGGCCUGCAAUGGAAUACCUACCAGAUUUUGUGCAGUUUAAAUCGUGUCCGGGUACUCCGUUGAAGGAGAUAUUUAUAGCCGCUUCUGAUGACCUCCUGGACAUUCUACAGGGUAUGCUUACAAUGGAUCCGCUGAGACGCCUCACUGCUACACAGGCAUUAAAAAGUGAGUAUUUUAUAAACAAACCAUAUCCAACACCCAGUCACAUGUUACCCAUGAUAGGGAAUACAAAGAAGGAGAUUAUGGACCAGUGUAAACCCAGUCUCAAGAGGAAAAUUGAUGGAGAAGCAGGUGGUUUGGCUAAGAGGCUUGUGUUUUGAGGAUAUCAAAAACUGAUUAGGUGCAAACUGGUGGUUUGGCUAAGAGGCUGGUGUUUUGAUGUUAUAAGAUACUGAAUUAGGUGCCAGGUGGACACUCUAGUCGGGUCAAACUGGAAUUGUUAUAAAAAAUUCUACCAGACAAAUAUAAAUUUAUUUUAUAGAGCAGGGAAAAAUUCCCUGUUUGGAAAUUGUUUAUGGGCAUUAUCCUACCUUUGGAAACUUUGUAAUUCAGAUUGAAUGAAAAGUAACUUAGGGCUGUCAGUAAAUAGUAGGGAAAACCGAUAAUACAUUUUCUUAAAGAGAAGUUUCCACAUACCUAUAUAUCGAGGGUUGAAUGCAAUACUGUUGUAAGUCCUUUAUUUAAUAGGAGUUACUACAGUAUUGCGUUCAACCCUCGAUAUGUGUAUUCCUUGAGAAAAAAAGAACUACUGUAAAGUUAUCCUUAUAGACUGUCAGGGCAUUGAUUAACAUUCCAACAGAACAUUCUUGCUUUAUCUGGUUAAUUCUGGUUGAUAUUUUCUGAAAUUAUAGAAUACUCAUUUGAAUUUUUUUGAAAUCAUUUAAUCUUUAAGGCUGAAAAUUUGUGGGUUGAGCUGAAAUGGCUAUUUGGCGAUAAUAUGACUUCAUGGAUUUCAGCUAUUGAAGAUAAUAUGUGUGGGAAUUUUAUUUGUUCAUGGGAUUGAAUUUCACCAAAACAUCCAUGAAAAUCAGCCCCCCACCAUCACUAAUGAUUUACAAAUCUAUGAAUUUUACCAAAUGAGAUGUCAUUAAAAUUUUAAAAGAGAGAAGAAGACAUGUUUAGACACUGAGCUUGAUUGUUUGGUUGGCAUGAUGAAAAUGUUAUAGAGGAAAUAUAAUGUUAUUAGAAAUCUGAAUAUUAGGUUUAAUGCUGGACACGAUUGAUUUUGCCUUUGCGACCGGUGUAGAUCAUGAUCAGCACUUUUCGCCAUUCAGUCAGUAUCUUUAUAGUAAGCACCCCUUUUAACAGUUAAUGGUACAGUCCAAAUUGAAAGAUGGACAAGUUUAUCAUAGAAAUUUAGCAGAGGAAGGGUUUAAACUACCGGUAUGUGUAAGUUUGCCUAUAUUAGACAAAUAGCUGUUCCUUUGAUAUUUAUGGUACAUGUUUAUACGAUACUGGUUGGCAGUUAGUGCUAUAUUUAUUUAGUAAGCAAUACAAAUUUGCAUUUAUGAAUAAUUUAUUUGGGUAGAAUUACUGGUCAGAUUAUGUAAUUCUGAUUCAGUAUUUUCUAGUUAUCUCCCUUAUAUCAGUUUUAUUUCAUUCUUCAUGUGUUGAAUACUGUAAACCUGGAAAUGAUUUCGUGCUUUUUAUGUUAGCAAAAUUCCUGAGGAAAAUAUAUUGGCAAAGUAAAAUAGCUGCAGCAUUGCUGCUAGCUGAAUAUGACUGCUGUCAUACAAGUCUCAAGACGCGAACAUUAAUAGUUGCAAAGAUGUCAAUCGACAGGGAAAAAAUCAUUGCCAUCACGAACAUUUCUAGGUUUACAUUAUCAGGGUUGACACUUACUUUGAAAAGUCAGGGAAAAAUGAUUGUCAGGGAAAUCUUGAUAAUGGUCAGUGGGAAAAGUCAGGGAAAAAUGACUUUUUUCAAGGUCAUUGAUUGUCAGGGAAAUCUUGAUAAUGGUCAGUGAAAAAUGAAAGUUUAGAAAAGUCAGGGAAAAAUGAAAUUCUGGGUUGAUGUUUAAAAUGUUCUGUGGCUGUGGCAGUCUUCAAGCAGUAUUUAUAAGUAUUUCCAAAAACAUUUUGGUGUUUCUGUGUAUAAACAUAAUUUAAAUGUGUUUGAAUCAAUUUCGUUUUUAUGUUAAUUUUGCAAUUUUAGUAUUUGUUAAUGAAAGUUUGUUAUAUCUGAAACAAAAUAAAUUGGAUAAGAUGGCUGUAGGGGAGGAGGAGGCUGAAAAAAUUAUGGUGGUAUUGGUCAGAGAAAGUAUGGUUUAGACAGGGAAAAGUCGGGGAAUUAUUUUCUCAACUAAGUGGCAACCCUGAUGUUAUGUAAAGAGUUCGUUGUAACAAGUGCAUUAUGUUAUUAUUUUAUAAAGAUUAACAUGUUUCUUAUAAAUUUUUGUCAGUUAGUGGUUUAUUUUAUGGAGGUAGUAUACUCUAAAAUUCGAAACAGAAAAUAUAGUCAUUGGAGUUACAGACCUUGGAUUAGUCAGUAAUUAGAAAAUUGACAACUGGUCUGCUCAAGAAGAGGGGUAUUUUAAAAAGUUAAAAGUGAUUUGCUGUAAUGGUUGUAUAUUGUGAGAGUGUCCAGCCCUUGUUUCAUGAUAAAGUCAGAUUUUUUUUUGAUUUUUUUAUUUUUUUUUUUAUAAAGUUUAGAAUUUCCCAUUAGCACCAAUGUUUAUUGUUUUGAAAAAUAUAUCUGAUUCCUAAAAAGUGGUCUUUUUCAGAGUUUUAUUUCAAUGUUUAACUUGACUCCAAGAAACAUCUUUAGAAAUUGCCAUAAUUUUCUUGAGCCCAAAUGGGAUUUUAUUUCUAUACCUUGUCAUUUAUAACACAUGUUAAAUUUAUUGUUCCGAAGCAGCUGUAAACUUUUGAAUAUAUUAUCAUCUGCUGAUAAUAAUAUUCAUAAUAUUAAACUUGUUUUUGUUAAUUAAGACAGAGACAAUAGAAUUUGAUAUUUAUUUGUCUGUAAAGGUUCGAAUUUGACAGUCGCUUUCAUCAUUUUAAUACUAGAUGUCUUAAUUUAUAACAGUCAAUUUGAUUUAUGCAUAGAUAUUGCGGAAUUUUUGGUAAAUGUUCCUGAAAGAUGUUAUUCGAGCUGCGCCAUGAGAAAACCAACAUAGUGCAUUUGCGACCAGCAUGGAUCCAGACCAGCCUGCGCUUCAAACCCUACAGCAAUUAGAGAAACUGUUGUCAAACAGCAUGGAUCCUGACCAGACUGCACGGAUGCGCAGGCUAGUCUGGAUCCAUGCUGGUUGCAAAUAAACUAUGUUGGUUUUCUCAUGGUGCGGCUCACUUAUUGAGAAGAUGGUAAUUUAUUCAUGCUUUAAGAAAUUGUCAUGUUUUUAAAAGUGCAUUGUGCAUUUACUGUGUUUAACUUUGAAAUUCUGACAUUUUCAAAAAUGGUCCAUAAUAAACAUGUUUGCCUUAUAUUUGAUGUAUAAAUGAAUAGGAUUGUCUUGCUUUUGUUCUUUAAAUUUUUGAUUAAAUGAUUGAUAAUGACUCUUGCAGAUUAUUUGAAAAAAAAACUUCAAUUGUUCAAUACGAAAUACUGUAAAAUGAGAUAUUUAUAUGAGGCUAAUCUUAAAAAAAAAAAAUUCCCUUUCAGGUAGCCUUAUUUAUUAUUCUUAUAACUCAUGUAGUAGGGGUUGUAAGACUUAAAUAUUUGCUAUUUUCAAAGUUGGAUUUAGUGUUUGAAAUAAACUUUUUCUGAUAUCUGUUCAAGUCUUGGAAACAUACAGGAUGGUACCGUUUAUAACAAUAACAACACUUUGACAAGUAUUUAUUUUCAUGAAUAAAGACAGCUUGUAAGUAUAGCAGAAAUAAAACUUACUAUAAGCUAAAUUGUUGAUUUACAGAACUGUCUUCUUGUCUUAAUUGGAUGUGUUUAUAUUAAUUUUACAGUAAAAUCAGUAAUUUUUUAGAGGGAUUUAUAUUGGCAAUAUUUGCUGACGAUCUGUUUUUGCAGAAACUGAUGUGAUAAAUUAUGUUUCAAAAAUUGGCGUGUCACAAAUUUUCUCCCAAAUGCACCUAUUCCAGUUUUUAAAAAGCAAAAUUUUAGCCUUGCUAAAUAUCGUGUUAUUACAGUUGAUGGGGGUGGGGGGAAACAAGAAAAAAAUGUUUUUGUAUUGAGAGGUUUGCUCUUCAGAGGUGUCGUUACUUUGGAGGGGUUGUUAUUUUGGAGGUCGUUAUGAAGAGAAAUCGUUAUUAAGAGGUGUUGUUAUUACAGAGGUAUUGUUAUUACAGAGGUUAUUCUGUAUUCAUGAUGUAAUUUAUAACACACAAUCAAUAAAUCUGUGAUAGUGCAUUUAGAAAUCUUCCAUAUUUUUUAGCUUGAUUUAAGAAUUUAUGGAUGGCAUUAAUCUCAUUUGUGCAGUUAACUGAUUCUUGUAUCAUGUUUGUAAUACUUUCAUUUUAAAAGAUGAAAGGAUUUGCCGGUAUGAAUUAACCUUUAGCUUGCUGGUGGCAAGUAAUUUUGCCUUUGUGACCAGUGCAGAUGAUCAGCCUGCAUGUCUGUGCAGUCUGAUCAUGGUCUGCACUGUGCGCUAUUCAGUCAGUAAAUUUUCAGGGAAAACCCUGUCAAAUAAUAAAUGGUACUGCUCAAAUUGAGUGAUGGACCAUUCCAUUUUAGAAAUUCAGCAGGGUUUAGGUUAAUUUAAUUUUGAGGAGUGUUGUGUAUAACUUUGUGGGUGCACUCAGUAAUGCGUACUUGUGUAGAUGCAUGUGUGUGUCCAUAUCCAUUUAUAAUCCCCAUGCCUUAUUGAUAAAUGUUUCAAGUUUCAUUGGUAAGUGUAAGUUCAGUUAGUUUGAUAAUUUCAUAGCACAGUGAUUCACUAAUUGAAUUUAAACUAAUUUUUAUGCACCCCCACCUUUGGUCCAUGCAUUUUAGUUUUAUCACUGCCAAAAUGCAUGGCAUUUAUUUUUUUAGUAUAAAAUUAAUGCAUUUACCAUUAAUUACACUGUAAUUUUUCGCAUUUUCUAUGUUUUGUCAUGUUCAGAUUUGAAUUAUUGAUAGAGAAAAUGAGAUUUCUUACAUUUACGGGUUUUGGUACAUGUACUAUGUAGGAUUUCAUUGUCUAUUUUAGAAUACAUGUGAGAUGUCCAAAAUCAAAGUAUUGUAAUUUUAAUUUGGGUGUUUAUGCUAUAUAUAUAUAUAUAUAUGUGUGUGUGUGUGUGUGCAGAAUCAGAAAUUAGAGAUUUAAGUGUAGGGAGUACGGUAAUGUACAGAUUUAAGUGUAGCAAGCAAUUUGAUCAAAUUUUCAGACAAUUUUUAGCACACUUAUUACAGUGGUAGAGGCUUUGUGUAAAUAGACCUAAAGUACUCAUAUAUUGUUUUUCAUUGAACUAUUAGUAGAAUAUCAGGGGGGAAUGUAUCUUGUAGUUUUCAUGAUGAAAAAUAUUCAAUAUAUUUUUCAUUGGUAAGAAAUUAUAAAUUUCGUGAAAUUUAGUUUAAACUUAAUAAAAAGAAAUUUGGUUUGUUCUGCAUAUAAGAUCAGAAUGUCUUUUACUUGUGACAGCCAUGUACUUGUGACCGCCAUAUCCUACAUUUUCACUAUUGGCUAUGCCAGAUGAAUGUGUUUGUAUCAACAUAUAUAGUGUAUAAAUGGGUGAUGUUACCUCAUUUAUACUUAACACAAAUAAAGUUGUAAGUUUUUAGUUUGAUUGAGUUUGUGCUGUUGAUUCAGGUAAUAUAAAACCCUUUUUUGCCGUCUUUGUCAUAAAGCACGCAUACAAUAAUGAAACUGGCCAUUAUGACAGUAAUAAGUGGCAAAUCACCAUCAGACUUGUAAAAUCAGCCCAAUAUUCAAUGCAUAUUCGUAAAUAGAGUUAAAAAUAAAUUUGCGAUUUUUUGCUGUCAUCCUUAGCAGUGUUACAAAGUGUAGUAAAUCUUUGAAGGAAAAGCAAAAUAGAAAUUGUUGAUAUUUUUUACUUUCAUUUUGAGUUAUGUGGUGUUAAGAGUGUAGUGUACUGUAAAUUGGUUGAAUUUUGUUAUGUGUUGUUUAUUUUUGGUCUUGGAUUAAGUAUCAGAAUUUGUGUUUCUGAUGUUAGUAAUUUUAUCAAUUUUGUUCUUUAUGAUACAUUUUGACAUAAUUAUGAGUAUAAGAAUUUUACACUUGUUUUAGAUGUGGAUCUGAAUAUCCAGCAUAAGGGUAAUUGUAACGGCAGAAACAGUUGCCUGUGAGGUGGAUAUUCUCAUCGGCACGUGUAACCAGUGAUAGGUUCUUUUUCUUGAAUCCUGUAAUUUACAAAGGAAUGAUGAAUGAUAUAGCACAAAUGAUGUAAUGCCUUAAUUUAUAACUGAAGUCAAUACUUUGGUUUAUUAAUAGAUUCAAUUUGAUCUUUUAAUAGUGGGACAUAUCUUGAUACAGUUACCUUCAUGGCAGUUUCUAGCCUCUCCGGAUGCCUUUUUACACUGUAUUUCAGAACUUUAUAGCAGUUAACAUCACAUAGGGAUAUGUGCUUUCUUCGAAGAUGCACUUUCAAAAUGAUAUAUCUGGAGUUCUGGAUGAUGACUGGUGCCCAAAUUUGCUCAGAGGUACUAAGGGGGCCUGUAUUCUUGUAGAAUAUACAGAUCAAGGGUUACAAAGCACUUGAAAUCCAAGGUCAAAAUAACAUGAUUUCCAUUGAAUUUUCCUCUAAACUAAAUUGUGCACAUGGCUGUGUGCAUUUUUAUGCUCCUCGUGGUUUACAUAUUAAAAACUUGAGGAGUCAGUUUUCAUGUAAAUUACACAAAAUUUUCUCCUGGUAAUCGUGAAAUUCACAGGAAAAGGCUCUGUUGAAAUAAAAUUUAAAAUUCCGUUAUUUUAAUCAAAAUUUUACAUUGGAAAUGUAUGUGAUUUAACUGAAACGAAGCAUUUCGUCAUCAAAUGACAGUCCGGGAUAUCACAUUUUUAUUCUGUACUCUGUUCACUUUUGAAUGUGGGGUAGAGAAAGAAAUUUUUAACCAUAUUACACAACGGCCUUUUACAAAAUGGUGCCAUUCAGGUAAGAAUGCUAUGAAGUUAAGAAAUAUUAUAAGACUUACAGAUGGGACAAGAAUGAAAGCUGUAGACAGAUUAUCAUGAAAUUUACUUGAAAAGAAAUUUUUUUUUUUAUUUACAUGUAGAAUCUAAUUCUUUUACUAUGUAUGUAAUAUGUUAUUGUCAUGUAUGCUUCCUUUCAACAUUAGUUAUUUAGUAAUUCGAGAAAUUCUACUUAUGCCCCUGGCAACGGCGUUAAUUAUGCCUAAAUUACUAGUAAUGCUUGGGGCGGGGAGGGGUGACUGGCCUUCCACCACAGUGGAAAACUAGAAAGUUGCCGUUUUACCUACAGUUUUUUUGGUGUUACCUAGCAACAAAACAGUUCAAAAAAGAUUCUCGGAUUGAGAAUUUGAGGUUUUUGUGCUUGGUUUGAGAUCAAAUGUUUUCUUGUGCUUUUUUUUGCAAUUUUUGGUUGUUUAUUUAUCUUACCUGAGUGGGGCAAUGCUAAAAUCAUGUAAGGAGAAAAUGUAAUCAAACGGUAUUAUUAUCAAUUGACACUAUAGGCCCACUACCUUAGAUACCAGGGCAAAGAUCAAGACAUAGUAGACAUUGAUAUACAGUUGAACUUCUUUCACUCAAACUGGACAGGAUAGGCAAACUUCGUUUGAGUUAUUGGUAGUUUGGGCCAUUGAACACUAUACACAAUAUCUUUGAGUGGAAGGUGAUGUUCGAAUUUUUAGUUUGAGUUCAGCUGUACUUCAAGAAAACUAUGGAAACUGUUUAUUUAUGUAACUGAAUUGAAAUAUUUAGACUUGGAAAUCAGUUAUGUCAGUCUAUUCCAUAGAAUGGGGUAUGUCAGUCAUUGUAUCACAUAUUUAGGUGUUAAGGUUAAUUAUACACAGUUGUUGUUUUUCUUUAAUAAAAAUAUGACUUAGUACAA